AGGGAAGCUGCUACCAAACCAUAUGAUUUCUGCACGUUGCACGUUGUUAAGUUUUCGUUUCGGUUGUGAGCACGGUGAGCACCAGUCCACAAUAUAUGUAUACAUUCAGCAGAUUGGUAAACUCUAAUGUAGUUAGAUCAAAAGUGCCUGUACGCUGGAACUCUGCGCAUAAGAAAUUGAACAAGCUGCUCAGCAAAAUGCCGCUCGAUCCGAAACACAUUGCCGAGGCACAGAAGCAACGUUUGAAGCUGAAGCAAAAGGUGUCGAAAGUUUCACCCGGCAUCGUGAACCUGCAGGUGUUGGGAUGCGGUGCACCGGGCACACCGGCCUCGGUGUAUCUGUUUACGGACCAAACCCGCUACCUGUUCAACUGUGGCGAAGGUACGCAAAGGUUGGCGUACGAGCAUAAAACGAAGCUGUCCUGUUUGGAAAACAUUUUCAUGACACGAACCAACUGGGAACGGAUCGGCGGCCUGCCAGGCAUCUGCUUGACGAUGCAAGACGUCGGUGUACCGGCCGUGUCGCUUCACGGACCGCCCGGGCUGGACGAGCUGUUCAAAGCGAUGCGACGGUUCGUCAUACUGAAGGACAUGAAAGUGGAAGCGUCCGAGUAUGCGACGGGGGAUGUGUACGAGGACCAUGUUAUGACGCUUCGCUACGUCGUGAUCAAUCGGCAACCGGCCAGCGGUACCAGGGAAGCCGGAUCCGACGAAGACCAAAACCAGGAUGAAGCCACCGUUGACGACACGGAUUACUAUGCGUACGAGAGAAAACGGGAAACACUUCAAAAGCCCCAAUCGGAUGCUGCUAAAACCGUUCAAUCGACCAACUGGACAAAGCGGGAGGAAAGUUCGGUAAUGGCUUACAUCUGCAAGCUGAAACCACGCCAUGGGCAGCUGUCGUUAGAGAAGUGUGUGGAGCUGGGUGUUCCGCCCGGGCCUCUGUUGGGACAGCUGAAAAAUGGCAACGAUGUUACGCUUCCCGAUGGUCGCGUUGUGAGAUCGUGUGAGGUGCGGGCGCCUGAUGAUCCCGGUCCGGUGUUCAUGUUCAUCGACAUUCCCAGCCGGGAGUACAUGGACGAUUUCGUGGCAAAGGCGGAACUGUUUGAGAAGUAUCAGCAAACAGCGGCGGAAGAAUCCGAUCAGGCCAUUUUUGUGGUGCACUUCAGUCCGCUCGAUGUGAUGCGCUGUGAUGAGUAUCGACAGUUUAUGGACCGGUUUUCCGCCAGCACCAGGCAUAUUGCGCUGAACGAGGUGAAUAGCUUUUCCGGGUACAUUGCGGCACACCGGAUACAGUAUCACUUGAACCAACUGGAUGGACAAAUCUUCCCGCUUCUAAGAGAGGAAAACAAUCAGUAUGCGGAUCCUCCAGCAAACGACACAGAUUUGGUGCGAUCGUCUUCACUGAGUUACAUGCACAUUCGACCUCCGAAAGGCAUCGAUAGAACGCUGGAGGCAUCCUUGAAUCCGCAGGAGUACCUUAAUGAACUGGAGCUGUUACCGGACUUUAAAGAGGCACUUGCUGAAUUGAAGCAACAACUCGCACAACACACCGCUCGAAGGUCUGCCGCGGUUAGGGCAGAACAAUUUCCACGCUUAAUUUUUCUCGGCACCGGAUCAUCGAUUCCGAACAAAACGCGAAACGUUAGUGCUAUUUUGAUCUUGACUAGCAAACAAUCAUCGAUACUGUUGGACUGUGGCGAAGGAACCGUGGGGCAGAUAUGGCGAGUUUUUGGGAAAGAGCAAGCAGAAGAAAUCUUGCGAUCGAUAAAAACGGUCUACAUUUCUCACCUACAUGCAGAUCAUCAUCUAGGUUUGAUUGGUCUGUUACAAGCUCGCAAGAAGCUGUUGGGUGAUAAUUGUGAACGCUUAACUCUGGUGGCACCGGAACAAAUUUCCUACUGGCUGAGGCUGUACGAUUGUCGGUUCGAAACCAUCCACAAAGACUAUGUGCUUGUAAAGAAUGCUGAUCUGUUGGAAAAUCCUCUACAAGAUGAAAAGCUGCUAGCACUGGGCAUCAAGGAGAUUGCCACCUGUCGCGUUCGCCACUGUCCCCAUUCGUUCGGGGUCGCGUUGAAAGUGGCAUCGCUUGGAACGCACCCGGAAACGAACAUCGAAGGAGAUGUAAAAAUCACGUACAGUGGCGACACGAUGCCUUGCGAAAGCCUGAUCGAGCUGGGCCGUGAUUCGACCGUGCUCAUACACGAGGCAACGAUGGAGGAUGAACUAGCAGCGGAGGCACGCAUCAAAAUGCACAGUACACUGUCGCAGGCGAUCGAACAGGGCCGUAAAAUGAAUGCACGAUACACGCUGCUAACACACUUUAGCCAGCGGUACGCCAAAAUUCCCCGCCUCCGGCCAGAUCAGCAGCAGACGGGCCUGGGCACCGAUCUGGGCAUUGCCUUCGACAACAUGGAAGUAACGCUGGACGAUUUGCCAACAUUGUGUAAGUUCUAUCCCGCCCUAAAAGCCAUGUUUAUCAGUCACUUUGAGGAAAUGGAACAGAAGGCGAUAAAGCGGGGCAACAAAAAGUUACGCCUCGAAACGGCUACCAGAAGCAAAGAAUGUUCGCCAACGCGAUGAGUCAGCUUCUGCUACGAUAUAGAAUAGGGAUUGGUAAGGAACAAUCUUUUAAAACAGUGAAAUAAAACAUGAAAUUGAAAGCAAAUGCAUCAUUCACAAACA